AUUAAUGAACAAACAAUAUUAAAAAAUACAUUUAAAACAAAUUAAAUGAACUCCCAUUAUAUAAAUGUGUUUUUUUUCCUCAACAUUAUGUUUAUUAAGUUUUCAACAGUUGAUAAAAAAAGAAAAAAAUUAAAUUAAAAUUAAAAUUAAAUUAAAAGGCAACAACAACAAAAAAAAAAAAUCUGCCUGGAGCCGCAAAACGUGAUCAUUGUGAUGAAGGUAACACAGUUUAUAGUCUAAGUAUAUAUUAUAUAAGUCUAUUUGAGGGACAAAGAGACAAUGUACUACGGAGUAUUAGGUUGCUGACCCCUGACCUCUGGUCUAUAGUGGUACGUUCCAGGGAGGGCUCAACUCUUAGUUGUGUCCGGUGCAGUUUCUCGUCCUUCAGCAGACUGUAACCGUCAGCCGGAGAGAAGAGACGGAUCAUUCAUUCUGAUCAGAAUAUCUGAGAGGAUGGCUGCACCUCAGAGAGGACCUCUGUCUCCAUCGGAGAGGAAGAUCCUGCAGGUUAUUGCUGCUGGUGAUGUUCAGGAAGCCGCCCAGCUGCUCGCCAGCAAAGAAGUUCAGGUCAACUGUUUGGACGAGUAUGGCAUGACUCCUCUGAUGCACGCAGCCUAUAAGGGCAAGGCCGACAUGUGUCGCCUGCUGCUGCAGCACGGAGCCGACGUCAACUGCAACCAGCAUGAAUACGGAUACACGGCUCUCAUGUUCGCUGGCCUGUCAGGGAAGACAGACAUCACCUCCAUGCUGCUGGAGGCCGGAGCAGAGAAAGACGUGGUGAACUCAGUGGGUCGCUCCGCUGCUCAGAUGGCAGCGUUUGUAGGCCAGCACGACUGCGUAACAGUGAUCAACAACUUCUUCUCGCGGGCGACGCUGGAGUACUAUACGAGACCACAGGGGCUGGAGAGGGAGCCCCGGCUGCCCCCCCGGCUGGCAGGACCCUUACACAAGAUCAUCAUGACCACCAACCUCAACCCGGUCAAGAUAGUCCUGCUGGUGAAGGAGAACCCUGCGCUGGUGGACGUGGAGGCUCUGGAGCAGUGUUACCAGGUGAUGGACCUGCUGUGUGAGCAGUGUGUGAAGCAGCAGGACAUGAACGAGGUCCUGGCCAUGAAGAUGCACUACAUCAGCUGCGUGCUGAAGAAAUGCCUGGCCUUCCUACACAAACGAGAUGACAAGCUGGAUGCACUCGUCAAGAGCCUGUUGAGGGGGAGAGACAGCGACGGCUUCCCACAGUACCAGGAGAUGUUCAUCCGGGACUGUAUCAGGAAGUUUCCUUACUGUGAGGCCACACUCCUUCAGCAGCUGGUGAGGAGCAUUGCACCGGUAGAGAUUGGCAAUGAUCCAACGGCGUACUCAGUGUUGACCCAGGCCAUCGCAGGUCAGAUGACGUUCGUAGAUGCUGACUACUGUGCUACGUGUGGGGAGAGGGGAGCCGACAAGAGGUGCUCUCUUUGUAAAGCAGUGACUUACUGCAGCUUGACGUGCCAGAAGCUCCACUGGUUCACCCAUAAGAAGAUGUGCCGUUCUCUGCAGGAGCAGGACGCCGACCUGGAGAAGGAUACGCCGAGGCUGAAAGAGCUGAAAGAUGACGAGAGCAACCUGGUGAUGGAGACGGCCAACUUCCUGCAGGAGCUGUGUCUGCGUGCGGAGGAGCAGGUGGCUGCUGCUGGAGGCUGUCCUGCAGAGCUCCUGGUCUGUCCGUCCACGUCCUCCGCUGAGGGACCGUCCUGCCCUCAAGACUGAGGCGAGACAGACGACCAAAAGGGUCCUGAAUCAUGCUGAGUCAUCUCUUCUGGGGGAUUUACACAAAGGUUAUAAAUGGAGCGGCGAGGCUUAACAGAAAGCAUGUCAGCAGGGUGCAUCCUGUUUGUAUAUAUUUCACACCAGCUAGAACCCCUUUAGUCUGAUUAGUGAAUAAGAGAGACAGAAGGUCUAACGUUGGUAUUUAUGUGACAGUUUCUUAGCAGGAUACCUCCAAACGUUGUGAAUGAAUUAGCGUGUAAACCUGGGGAAAGGUUAGUCAAAGGUCAAAACAAGUGAUUCAUAUAACUUAAGUUUGUUUGCAUAUCAACAGACACAAGAAGAGAAACAGUGACGGUGUUGCAGAGCUGGCUGUGUGGUGCUGGUGUGUGCUAGCCAACCUGGAACUGUAAUGGGAACGGCUCGGUUUGAGUUGGGCCGGGGAUCUUUGUUGCAUCUGUAAUAAUACUAUAAUGCUACAGAAUUUAAAUACCUGCUAGAAA